UACGUAAGGACGCAAAUAAAGUUACGUUAGGACGCAUGUCGCCUGCUCUAGCAAAAUAUGUGCAAGAGUUAUUGAUACAACUACUUGAAUAUUCAUCUCAAUACACAGGUACUAACUGGAUAUAUUUAAUAUAGGGAUAAUCGUUCAAAAUGUAUAGCUGGCUUUUUAGUUAACCAAGAAACUGUUAACUUAGCUAGCUAACGUUAUCUGGCUAUAUUAGGGUUGCUUGACAACACAGAUGGUAACCAAAACAAGCUGAAGAAGACUGCGCUGAUCUGCAUCAAAAAUUGGUCAAGCACAAAUUGGGUUGUUGUUAGCCUGCAAGAAGUGCCAAGAGAGAGAUGGUAGAUGACAAUAGACGAGGGGACGAUGAACGGGGUCCUGGAGCAGCAUAUCAAAUGUUCGUGGUUAUGGAGGACCUGCUGGACAAAUUGAAGCUUCUGGAUUACGAAGAGGAAGUUCUGGCAAAGCACAACAUGAAAGCUCUAUCCAGGCAUUACUUUGCAUCCAGUGCCUACAUGCCAUCAAAUCCAGGGGAGCAAUUCUUCAUGUUUACCAUAAUCGCGUCUUGGCUCAUCAAUGCAGCAGGGAGACCCUUCGAGCAGCCUCAGGAGUAUGACGACCCCAACGCCACCGUGUCCAACAUUCUCUCACAGUUGAGAGCUUUUGGAGGACUGGUAGACUUUCCUCCCUCCAAACUAAAAGCUGGUUCAGGGGAACAUGUGUGCUAUGUGCUGGAUCGGCUGGCUGAAGAGGCUCUGAAGGAGAGAGUGUUUUCCUGGAAAAGACCAAACUACCCUACAGAGGAGAUGGAAGAAGAGUCUGUGAUGGAGGAUGAUGCAGAGCUGACUCUCAGUAAAGUGGAAGAUGAGAUGACAGAGGAACCAGACGACUACGAGGAAGAAAACGUCAUGGAUCUAGAGGCACUUAAAUCAAGGACCAAUCAAAGUGAGACCAGACUAUCUUCAAAGCCAGACAAUAUACUGGAAUCAAACAUGGACGCUGCAGAAUGGAAUCUAGAGGUCGAGCGGGUUCUCCCACAACUGAAGGUCACAAUCAGAACGGACCACAAGGACUGGAGGAUCCACGUGGACCAAAUGCAUCAGCACAAAGACGGGAUCAAAUCAUCUCUCAAGGAGGCCAAGGGCUACCUAGACAAGCUGCAGGAGGAGAUCGGUAAGACCCUGGAGAAGGUGGGCAGCAGAGAGAAAUACAUCAACAACCAGCUGGAACACCUUAUCCAGGACUACCGCAGCGCCCAGUCCAAACUCAGCGAGGCAAGGGAGUGCUACCAGCAGGGAAGUGGUGGAGUUACAGAGAGGACCAGAGUUCUGGCUGAGAUCACAGAGGAGUUGGAGAAGGUGAAGCAGGAAAUGGAGGAGAAGGGCAGCAGUAUGUCUGAUGGAGCCCCGGUGGUGAAAAUCAAGCAGAGUCUGACCAAGCUCAAGCAGGAGAUUGUUCAGAUGGACAUUCGGAUAGGAGUGGUGGAGCACACACUACUGCAGGCCAAGCUAAAGGAGAAGUCCAACAUGACUCGAGACAUGCACGCCACCAAUAUCCCAGAGUCUGCCAUCGGCGCAUACUGAGAUAUACACAGUAUGGCAUUAUCUAUCAUUAGCUUACUGAACUUUAUAUACCGAUACAUUAUGCCUGUACAAUUAUAUUAUUUACAUGGUAUGGCACCUGCUAUGAGAAGGCAAGCAGUGGAUUACAUCCUGACUACAGCCAAUUUACCAAAGUCCUUAAAUGAUUCUAAACGGUCUGUUUAAGCAGACACAUAGAUCUGUAUUGUUCUGACAUCAACUGUCAUAUGUUUCAAAUCAUUUUUGAUUGCAUUCUAAGGCUUUGUUGGUGUGGUUGAAUUAAAGUAUCUCAAUAUUUA